CUCAACGUCGCCAUGCCGGAGAAGGAAGAUAACAUCACCACUACCGUCGGAUCCGACCAGGAAGUAAUCGACACCUUCAAUGGCGUCAAAUUGAGGUGGGCUCUCGUCUGUCGCCAAGUCCAGAGGGAGAAUUUCUACAACCCUCGAUCGCCCUACACAUCCGUGGUCCGAUCUUUCGAGCUCUGUUUUCACAAGAAACACAGGGAAAUGGUCCUCCGAUCUUAUUUGCCCUAUGUUGUGCAGCAAGCCAAAGAGUUGAAGCAGCAGACUAAAAUCUUGAAGAUCUUCACCGUCGAUUACGAGGAUCUUUGCGGCAGCAUCUCGGAUUUGUGGAUUUCGGCCAAUCUUGAUCACCCUGCCACGUUCGAUAAGCUUGCUAUGGAUUCUGAGAUCAAGGAUUUCAUUCUGAGGGAUCUUGAACGCUUUGUGCAGAGGAAAGAGUUUUACAGGAAGGUGGGAAAGGCCUGGAAGAGAGGGUAUCUGCUUUACGGUCCACCAGGAACAGGGAAAUCGAGCUUAAUCGCGGCAAUGGCCAAUUACUUGAAAUUCGAUGUGUAUGACUUGGAAUUGUCGGAGCUCCAAUAUAAUUCGGAUCUGAGGAAAUUGCUAAUGGGAAUGGGGAAUCGUUCGAUUUUGGUGCUUGAGGAUAUUGAUUGUUCGAUCGAGUUUCAAGAUCGACAGGCUCAAGCGAAAGAACCAUCGUCUCCGACCUCAAGAUCAAGAAAAAUAGUGACAUUAUCGGGAUUGCUGAAUUUCAUCGACGGGCUGUGGUCGAGCUGCGGCGACGAGAGGAUAAUCAUAUUCACGACGAACCACAAGGAGAAGCUGGAUCCGGCGUUGCUCCGACCGGGAAGAAUGGACGUUCAUGUUCACAUGUCGUAUUGCAGCCCUUGUGGAUUCAGGGUAUUGGCGUCAAAUUACCUUGGGAUUGAGAACCAUAAAUCGUUUCCUGAGAUUGAGGAGUCUAUUUUGAGCGCAAAAGUGACUCCGGCGGAGGUGGCGGAGCAGCUGCUGAAGGGCGAUGAGGGUGACAGUGCACUGAGCGAGUUGAUUGAAUUUUUGAAAGUCAAGAAGAUGGAAAAUGAAAAAGAAGCGGAGGCGAAAAUCCGCGAAUUAGGUGAAAUGGAAUCUCGAGAAAAGAAUAAAAAGAAACCAGAGAAAGAAGGGGAAGAAGAAGGGAGCACCGGCACCGGCACCACCAUUGUUAAUACAUCGAACAGUAAUGGCAGUAAGCACUUCCAUUACCGUAUUCCUAAAUCGGUGUUUUAG